AUGUGGGAUCGAGAGAGAACAGUCUGGGCCUUCGUCUUCCUAGGCAACGUACUGAUGAACACCGCGAUCGCCUCGCCGAUCUACGUUCCGCAAUUUAUUCCAGGAAGUACGGGCAGGAACAUUAGGCACUUGCCUUGUGUGUCUCGUAGAUCCGGCGAGACUGGGGUUUGCAUGUUCGCGUUCACCUGUGCCAAAGCGAAUGGCACACACCUUGGCACAUGCAUCGAUCGUUUUUACUUCGGUAGCUGUUGCAAGAUGGACGAGGAGCCUGAUAUUUUCCCUCAGGACAACAGCAUCGACGAUGGGCCGCUCGUGAGGCCGUUCGUCACGACCCACGGGCCCAUCGAGAGCAACGACAUACCCGAGUACUUCUCAAGGCCGAAACCGAUUAACGAGAUGAAACCACCUGGAACAACGCAUUCCACCGAGGGGACAAUAAGUAGCCAGGUUACCCAAAAUACUCGCGCACCGUCGACGACUGUGAAAGACACGACGAAGCUCGCGACGAAAAAGCCGAUCCUGACGAGCGUCGAAACGACCACGCAACCGGUUCGAUUAUCGACCUUUCAAACCGUGCAGAACUCCACGAUCGAGGACUCGACGACAAAAAGUCCUCCGAGAAUCACGAGCAGUACUGUACGAACCACGCAAAAACCGUCCAGCACAGUCACAGAAAUCACGGCCACCACUGGCAAACCUUCCACGCUGAUCUCCACGAUUUCACAAAGGCCAACGACACUGGAAACCACGACGAAAGUGGUAUCCACCGCUCAAACGUUUGCUCAAACCACCAAACCCAUCACGAGGAAACCCGUUCAUACGUCGACGACCAAGAGACCAACGUAUUCGACGACGCGUAAACCCAUUCAGUCGACCAUACACAGGCCAACGGAAACAACCACGUUGAGACCGGUUCAAUCGAGUACUCAUAGAACUACAGAAUCGACAACAUCGAGAACCGUGACCACGACGACCCACAGGACCACCCCUAUCACCAGGUUCCCUCCAAGGAAUGCGACCACCGCGAGACCGCUCACUCACGCCACCACCAGGAGACCCACCACCGCUACCAAGAGACCCCUGAUCAGUACCAGUACAAAGAGACCCACGAUCACCACGAAGAAACCGACUGUACCCACGAAAAGGCCCAUCCUCACCACAAAACCAUCCCCAAGUUCAACUUUCAUUACAUCGACUUCUACGACUACAACGAAACCUAUCUUGACGUCAGUCAAGGAUCGACCAUCGACCAUCGCGACCACUACCGAAAGUGUCCUUCCAUCAACGACGGAAACAAAGCCGGCGACUUUCGCCACCGAGACUACGAUCAUUCAGAAGCUCACGACGACUACCACGAAACCUGUGCAGAAAAUCAAACCAUCUACGAUUCGAACAACGACUUCCAGGCCGUCUACCAUCGCUUCAAGACCUCUGACGACUACCCUGAGGACGAAGCCGACGAAGAUCAGUACGACGACCACGAAACCGGUGGUCAAGCCUGAAUACACGACGACCACCGAGAAAACGGUACCUUUGUCCACCAUCGAUGCUUUGAAUAGUACUGUUACGAAACCUAGGCCAACCACGCAGUCAACGAAACCCACGAAACCAUUAAGCAAGCCCAUAUCCUCCACGACCCCGUCGACCGUGCCCACUGUAACGGAUACUAGCUUCGCUACUGUGAAUUCUACCGAUGGUUCUACCAUGUCCACGUUCGCCGCUUCGACGAAGGUGCCCGUGGUCAAUCUGACCAUGGAUGAAGUCUCUCAGACGACUUACGCCCCUGGUAUCGUUACUUGGACCUCCAGUUCCGAUGACACCACGAGGACUCCCGAGAUUUCCUCCACGACCACCGUCGAAUCUGAUCAAACUGAAAGCGAUUGGACGCCUAUCACCACUCCAGAUGGUUGGAUCAUGAUUCAAUCGCCCAGUACGAAAAAACCGGGUCAAAUUUUACAGGCAACAACCGAGAAACCAAUUUCGGCAUCCACGUUACUUGCAUCGAUUUCGGUGAAACCAACGACGGAAGCGACCACCGAGCAACAGGUGACGAAAAAGCCUUCCAUCAUGACAACCCUAUCAUCGAUCGCGAGCGUGACCAUAGAUACGGAACUUCCGGUACCAAUGGAAACUCUCAACAUGUCUGAUUACAAGCAAGUGUGCGGGAGAAGAUUAUUCCCGGAGCCUCGUAUCGUCGGUGGAAAUCGCAGUUCGUUUGGAAAAUGGCCCUGGCAGAUCUCGUUACGACAAUGGAGAACGUCCACGUAUCUGCACAAGUGUGGUGCAGCGUUGUUGAACGAGAAUUGGGCCAUAACUGCAGCACAUUGCGUGGAAAACGUACCACCCAGUGAUCUAUUGCUAAGAAUAGGCGAGCAUGAUCUUGCGAACGAGGAUGAACCUUACGGUUAUCAAGAGAGAAGGGUUCAAAUCGUGGCGAGUCAUCCACAAUUCGAUCCUCGAACUUUUGAAUACGAUCUCGCCCUGUUGAGAUUCUACGAGCCUCUCUUACCUUUCCAACCAAACGUUCUACCCAUUUGUCUACCAGACGAUGACGAAAGUUACGUUGGUCGUACUGCUUUUGUCACUGGCUGGGGUCGACUUUACGAUGAGGGGCCAUUACCAUCCACUCUCCAGGAGGUGGCUGUACCAGUCAUCAACAACACCAUGUGCGAGUCCAUGUACAGAAACGCGGGAUACAUCGAGCAUAUUCCUCAUAUUUUCAUUUGUGCCGGCUGGAAAAAUGGAGGAUUCGAUUCUUGCGAGGGCGAUAGUGGAGGACCGAUGGUGAUCCAAAGGGCGCGCGACAAACGAUGGAUCUUAGCCGGAGUAAUUAGCUGGGGAAUCGGUUGUGCGGUACCCAAUCAACCAGGAGUUUACACUCGUAUCUCGGAAUUCCGCGAAUGGAUCAAUCAGAUUCUUCAGUUCUAAGUGAAGUCCUUGUUCAUUUGGAACGAACACUAUCGCGAAAUUAAAUGCGCGAUCAGAUUCGUUGAUCACGAAUCUCAAACGUGUACAUACGAUGCAUUCUGUGCAAAAAUCGCAUACGACGUAACUUUUUCAUUUUUUUAUGAAAAAUUCGCUUGCACAAUGAUCGUUGUACGAAGGAAUAUUUUUUUUCAUAAAAUUUCGAUCAGAUACGUUAUCUAAAGAGAUUAGGCUUUUGAAUGUGAACCGUACGAUACGAGACGUGCGUGCAUAAUGUAUUACGUCACAACGUAAUUCACGUAUCAGUGGAUUAUCAAAUGCAACGUGUUGCACUUUUUCGAACGAGACCGCCCUGUGACCAUUCGUAGCAAUGCCAUCUUUGGCCUAGGAUACGGAGACUAUGGAAACCGACAAACCAGUGCUCUACGAUGCCAGCAAGUGUUAUUUUCAUGAACAUUCUAGGAAAAAUGACGUGUACACUAGUGGCGCUGUGAGUUAGAUACUCGUCUUAUCAACGUAACUCGAUGGACUCGAUUCGCGUUGUUAUCAGUUGAUUGACGAAUGAUAAGGGAGACGGCGGGAAAAUUGAAUGAAAUCGAAUGUGAAAUUGAACUGUAUUACUUAUAUAGUAAGGACGGAAGCAAGGACUGUAUAAAGGGUUGACAAAGGAAGUGUCGUUCAAUUUUCAGCAGGUUGAUUAGCAGAGAAACAACCAUCUCUGAAGAAAAAUUUGUAAGAUAAUUUAAUGGUUCAACAGCACUAUGUGGAGGAUACGCGUUUCUUUACGAUGUGCAAUACUGGCGAAACCAUUUUGCUCAUAUUAUAUUAAUAUAUUAACAGAUAAUGUCAUGAUGAACGAUUUGUGACAGCUGCAAGUAUACUGAAAGAUGUAUACCGAAAUAUUUAUAGACAUUUUCAGGAAACCUUAAGCUUUAAAUUAAUAUGCUAUAAGCUUUAUUUGGAGAUACUUUUAUGUCAUGAAAUCACGUCAGACUGUUGAUGUAAUAAUUUUCAUUUGAUGAGCAUCAAUCUAAUGUAAGAAGUAAUAAUUUAUUUAACAAUUGCAGUUGGGGCUGCAAGAAUACGGAACCUCAAGCUUGUAAAUAUUCGAUCGAUUGGUGGUGCGUGUUGUAUUCUAUUAUACUCUGUUAUUUUCUACCGUUUCGUUACCCUUCGCAUUUGUCCCUCGGCGUCUCUGUAUUUAUCAAUGCAUUAAAAGAAAAAGGAAAAAAAUAAGAGAACAACGUGUCCCUUA